AUGAAAAACAUUGAAUUGCUCAUCUCUACUUCUGGUGUGGUUAACCAUCACAGCAUGCUUAAAGCCAUGCAGACAUAUAGGCUGCUUGAAAUAAAAAAUCUUGUCUGGGAGCUGGAGUGGCUUAUGGAAGAGGCCUUUCAGAGCACCCCGUGCAAAUGCGCGCAGAACAAAGGCAAUACCAAGAAAGGAAAAGGCAGUGCUGGUUGCAAGCAGUCUGAAAUAGAGGAAAAGAUUCUCUUUAAAAAAGCACAGAAUGCACACCUUUUUAAGUAUCUGGCAGCAAAUGGCGUAAACCAAAUAAGCUCUCUAUCAAAGCAUGUUAGAAACAUUAUGCAUGUAUAUAUAGAAGAAGAGUUAAAUAGCGACCAAGAAUUGGGCAAGAGUGCACAGAGGCUAGAAAGAGAAGUAAAUACAGAUGCUGCCACACUACUCACCUUAUCAGCAAGCUAUCCCCAGAGACCGCCACACUUGAGCAGCUUGCAGCAAUAA